AUGGGGAGAAGUAGAAGGAGGGAGGGGUUGUUAUCAGGUUGGAAGUGCGAUGACUCGGAGACGGUUGGAGAUAACGAAAGCGGUAUUUAUGAUCGAUGGUUGAGCAGAUUUGAGAUCAGUUGAUCAAGAUGGCUUUUACGAUGUGGAUUCAGUGGUUUACAGUAGCAGCUACGCUGCUAGUUUCAAUCGCAGCGAUCCCAAAUCCCUACGAACGAUUCAUGAAAGGACCCAGUAAUCCGUUAAAGUCCGGUGUCAGCGGAGAACCUCUCUUCCUAUCGCCGUACAUUGAAGCCAAAAGGAUAGAUCAAGCACUCAACAUGUCCGCUGUCCAGCAUCCCUUGUUCCAGGACGUCGAAAGCUACUCCGGAUUCAUCACCGUAGACAAGCGGUACAACUCGAACAUGUUCUUCUGGUACGUUCCGGCUAAGAGUAAUCGCGCAAACGCUCCGGUCAUUAUCUGGCUUCAGGGAGGUCCGGGAGCUUCCUCGCUGGUGGGACUCUUCGAAGAGCACGGUCCAUUCCGCGUUCGCAGUGAUUUGAGCGUAGAGAAGCGGCUCUACUCGUGGCACGAGAACCAUCACAUGAUCUACGUGGACAAUCCGGUUGGAUCGGGAUUUAGCUUCACCCAGAAUGACUACGGUUACGUGACUAACGAAAUCGAAGUGGGAAUCCAUCUGUACUCUUUCCUGACUCAGUUUUACUCAAUCUUCCCGCUAACGUCCAACCCUCUCUACAUCGCCGGUGAGUCGUACGGUGGUAAGUACGUUCCGGCCUUUGGACAUGCCUUGCUUAAAGCUGGCCAACCGAAUCUACGUGGAGUAAUCAUCGGCAACGGGUACACCGAUCCGUUGAACCAGCUUGCCUACGGCGACUACCUCUACCAGCACGGAUUGAUCGACGUACACGCCAAGGCCCGGUUCGAUCGGGACACGGCCACCGUCAUCAACCGAGCCACACUCCAGGACUGGACCGGCGCGAAGCGAGUUCUCGACGAACUGCUGGACGGCGUCGAUGGACACGCUUCGUACCUGAAGAACGUGAGCGGAAUCGCAUCGUAUUACAACUACCUCCAGGUUUCGGAGCAGGACGUCGAUGACGAGGCGAUGAUGAAGUUCUUGCAGCAGCCGGACGUUCGCCGAGCGAUUCACGUCGGAGAUUUACCCUUUCAGAAUGCGGACGAUGCCGGCAAGGUGGCGCAGAAGCUGGCUAAGGACAUGCUGAAAAGUGCGGCACCGUACGUUGAGGCUUUGUUGGCGCGGGUUGACGUGCUGUUCUACAACGGUCAGCUGGACGUUAUCUGCGCGUAUCCGAUGGCGGAGAACUUCCUUCGGAAGUUGUCGUUUGGAGGUUCUGAGGAGUAUAAAAACGCUGUUCGACAGGUGUACCGAUGAGAUGAUGAUCCGUAA